AUGCUUAUCAUCGACGAAAUUUCAUUCGCGGGGGAACUUGACUUAGUGAAGAUAUUCCACUACACCAAGACCUUGAUGCAAGACGAAUACCAACCAUUUGGGGGACUUAACUUGGUGUUCGCGGGGGACUACUCUCAACUUGAACCAGUGGGACGCCCCCCAAUUUACAAUCUUCAGCACACCAUUCCUGAAUUUCAUGACUCUCUGAAUUCAUUUAUUGAGUUAGAUGGAAUGCACCGCUUCAAAGACGAUCCUGAAUGGGGGCAACGCUGUUUAAGAUUCCGUGAAGGGCGACCAACAGAAGAAGAUAUUGAGACCAUCAAUGACGCCUGCAUGGUUGGCCCAACCCAUGUUCCACCAGAGAACAUUCAAGUUGCUACUUAUCUGAAUCGAGAUCGAGAUGCCAUUAACUCAGCUAUCUUCGAAGAAUUUUGCGGGAAGAACAAACCUGCUGAUGAUUCCGUGCUGAUGGAUGCAGUACUCAUUUUCAUGGACGAUCUUCAAAUGGCCAAUCAAGCAGGGACACUGGUUCCUGUUAAGAGCAAUUCGGUUUUUUAA